UAUUCUGAUUUCUCUAAGAUUACCUUUUCCUUUUCACCUCACAAUCUCCAAAAGGUGCCACACCAUAGCAUACCUUUACUUUUCCCUGAUCAAUGAGAGCGCAGGCUUGAAUAGAGAUGUGUAUCUCGCAUUCCUCUUCUAGCAGAGCAAGACUACGAGCAUUGGAUCUGUUCUCCAAAUCUGAGCUCAUUUUGUAGAUGCGACAUCUCUUUCCAUCAACCAACAGCACGUAGCCACCCCUACAUUGAACUUUCUCACCGCCGUUUUAUCAAUCAUGUGGGGCCGAAUCAACUUUAUCAAUGCGGUAACCAAAAGCAAGGUAAAGCCAAGGAAUUUGUGCAUUCAGUAUACAUGUUAACGCCUGGGAGCAGGCAGCGCGUGAUUCAUUGCAUGAGAUGAAAGGGAUGUGAUUUCUGAUUUUUUUUUUUAUAUUUUUUCUCCUUUUCACACGAAAUGCAUUGCGCUUAUGUACACGUCAGGAAUCACCGGCUAAUAUCAGUUACCAUCUUUUUAAGCUUUUCACAUUUGUUUACGUAUUUAUUCCGUAGAUUGGGGGACUGCUUGCAGCACAAACGCCUCCUUUUCCUUUUUUCUUUCUUUAAUGAACAAAAUUACAAACGAAUUAAAUUUUAGCCAUUAAAUUUUCCUUUGGUUUAUUAGGUGAAUAUCUUUAUCAAAUAUUCUACUUAAGGUCGGCAAUUCCAUGUGGAUCAAAUUUUAAGGAUUUUUCUAAAAUAUUCUCUUCUUUUUCAAACUUUUUGAGUAUUGGACCCAAAAAGUAUAGGAGAUUUGGAAUUUAAGUGUCAUAGUCUUUUAUUCUCCAAUUAUGUGACACAUUUCUUUACGAAUACAACCUUUCAAUAUCUUAUUAGUAUUUUUAGAAAUCCUCCUUGAGGAGUGUGAUGUCAUGGAAUUUCAUUUUUUGUUAGACUUUCUUUUUGGGAUUAAUUAAGUCGUAGAUUUAUAUUAUUUAAUUUUUCUUUAUACUAUAUUAAAAAUUAUUUGAGUUAGUAGGCCUUGAUUGAGAGAGAAUAUUAUCAUCCAUGACACGAUAUAAUGGAGUAAGUUAAACUCUAAUAUUAUAUAUGGGGCUCAUUAGUGUUGGCUUGUGUUAAAAACUCUAAAUCCUACCAUGAUUAGGAUUAGGGAAUCAUUAUAUAACCACUAAAGAGAAUGUCAUCCAUUAAAGAGUUAUACAUCAAGGAAGAAGAAGAUCCUAACCUCAGCAAUUAACAUGGUUAGUUCAUGAAAUCAUGUAUGGAGAAUUAGUUAUGUUUUCAUACUCUAAAUUUCUAUUGCAAUGAAUCUUGAUUUAAGUAUAAAUUGAUUAUAUUUAUUUGCCUCCAAAAUUUUUUAUAAUGUAUCAAAAAUUAAGUAUGUAUUUUUAUUUUAAAUUUGUAAUACGAUGAAUCUUGAAUUAGGUAUAAGUUGAUUAUAUGCUUAUUUGACUCCAAAUUUUAUAGAUCCAAAAAGUUGUAAAAAUCAAGGGAGAAGAAGAUCCUAGUGGUUAGUAUUGUUUCUGUGGUGAUCUUGAAUUAAGUAUAAAUUAAUUAUACUUAUUUGUCUCUAAAUUGAUUAUUACGGAUCAAGAAUUAAAUAUUUAUAGGUGCACAGUUCUAAUUUGUAGGUCAAAGAAAAAGGGUUUUAGAUGUGCAUGUGGCUUUGAUUGUUUGUUGGGGAGGAAAGAGAGAGUGGAAGUAUGUGGAAAGAGCGAAAGCUGUGAGGUACAAAUUUAGGAAGAUAUUUGCCAAAGGAAAAAAUGAAAAGCAAAGGCUGGCAUUACCAUUCUUUUAAUUGGAUGAUUCCAUUUUGGAUUCAUAUGAAAUAUAUAAUAUAAUAGGAGGAGUAAUGUUUCCAAAAAGAAAAAAAAAAAUCCCAACACUUUCCUAAAUCCUUGUGAUCAUGCGAAUCAAUGCUCCCUUCAUCUUCGCUCCUAUAAAUAUGCAAAAGAAAAGAUUACACAGAAACAAACUUGAUUUUCAGGCACAACGCUUCUUCUUCCUUGUUUCUGUUCUUAGCCUUAUCAUAUUUAACAGGCAUUAUCGGGUUCUGCAACAGAAUCCUAAACCCUGAUCCAAUAUCUCUGUUGGGUUCUGCAACUUUACUUGGUUUUUUGCUUCUUUCCCCACUCUCACCAAUGUUUUGAUUGAGGAGGAGAAAGAGCAAGGGAAAUAAGAUUGUUUGCACCAUACGUAUAGACAGAGAGUAGGCAAAUGGCGAUUGAAUACGAGCCCAUCAAGGGAUGUAAUGCCGACGAUAUGCAGGAUUGUACGGAGGACAAGCAUUUGAAGAUGAAUGGCAAUGCAGACAAAAUCGAAGAAGAUGAUGAUGAUGAUAAGGAAAUGGGACAAUUGGCCCUUCAGAUCUCUGAACCAACCAUUUCCAACAAAGGUGAAGAAGGCCCCUUAAUGCCCAUUUCCAACUCAACCCACCUUGCCCGCCGCCGGCAGCAACAGCCACAACAUGCGCAGCAGCGUCUUGUUUCCUUGGACGUUUUCCGGGGGCUCACCAUUGUGCUAAUGAUACUUGUAGAUGAUGCCGGUGGACUUCUACCUGCAAUCAAUCAUUCGCCAUGGAAUGGUUUAACCCUUGCAGAUUAUGUCAUGCCAUUUUUCCUCUUCAUUGUUGGUGUUUCUCUAGGACUGACAUACAAGAGAUUGUCAUGCAGAGUUACUGCAACUAGAAAAGCAAUAUUGCGGGCAUUAAAGCUUCUGAUCCUGGGCCUUUUUCUACAAGGAGGCUUCUUCCAUGGGCUCAACAAUUUAACUUAUGGGGUGGAUAUUCAACAAAUGAGAUUGAUGGGUAUACUGCAGAGAAUUGCGAUAGCAUACUUAGUAGCAGCAAUCUGUGAGAUUUGGCUGAAGGGUGAUGAUCUUGUAAAAUCAGAAUUAAAUCUGCUGAGGAAGUAUCGGUUUCAGUGGGUUGCUGCAUUGGUGCUUACUAUUAUAUAUAUUUCCUUGUUAUAUGGUUUAUAUGUUCCUGAUUGGGAAUAUCAGAUUCCAGUUGCAACUUCUUCAUCAGCCCCAAAGUUUUUUUCAGUGAAAUGUGGAGUACGAGGUGACACUGGACCAGCUUGUAAUGUGGUUGGUAUGAUCGAUCGUAAAAUACUGGGUAUUCAACAUUUGUACAGGAAACCAGUCUUUGAAAGAACAAAGCAAUGCAGCAUCAACUCACCUGAUUAUGGCCCAUUACCUUCUGAUGCCCCUUCAUGGUGUCAAGCCCCCUUUGAUCCCGAAGGCCUCCUGAGUUCAGUGAUGGCCAUGGUUACCUGCUUGGUUGGUUUGCACUAUGGGCAUAUCAUUGUCCACUUUGAGGAUCACAGGGAUAGAAUUCGUCUCUGGUUGAUAUCAUCUUCAAGUCUUUUAGUGUUGGGGCUUGCCUUGGACAUUUUUGGAAUGCAUGUUAACAAGGCUCUUUACACAUUCAGUUACAUGUGUGUUACUGCUGGUGCUGCUGGCUUUCUCUUUGCAGGAAUCUAUCUACUGGUUGACAUCUGUGGAUAUCGAUGCAUGACAUUGGUGUUGGAGUGGAUUGGGGAAGCAUGCAUUGAUGAUUACAUCCUUGUAGCCUGCAAUAUCGUGCCAAUUAUUAUACAGGGGUUCUAUUGGAAGCAGCCACAGAGCAACAUUCUUAGCUUAAUUGGCAUUGGAACAUGAAGUAGCAGUUUUGUUGCAAUCCAUGGGAAUAUUAGGGUAGCACUUUGCUCAGCUGGAGGCUCUCUCUCUCUCUCUCUCUCUCUUCUCUCUCUCCUCUCUCCACUUAAAAAUAGAGUACCAUAGUCGGUUGGACAGAAGGUUGGCUUUUAUGUUUACGCAUAGAAAGAGCAGUUGCUGAGUUUCUCUUCUCCGUUUCAUAUAUUUGAAGGAAAACUGAAUAUCAAUAUCCAUGCCAUCUCAGGGCGGAAUACUUCAUUGUCUCUACUAAGGGAAUUAAUAUGAUCAUCACGAGAUUAUCGUUUUGGCUUUUA